UAUACGUUUUAUAAUAUUUAAAAAAUUAUGACCGAAAUUGCUAGCUAUUGGCACGCGCUGAUACUUGUUCUGAAUUGGUUGUAUCACAGCGUUAGCUUGAGUAUUGGCCAUGCAUGUUUAUUGUUUCCUGAUCGACCCAUUCGAUCAGCUCCUGCCGGACCAUCAUCAUGACCUGAAGAACUGUCCCGUUCCCAUUGAAUCAUGAAUGACAAGCUGGUUUUCCUGGGCCUCCUGUACUUUGUCCAGGGAAUCCCCUAUGGGCUCCAGUCCUCGCUGCUCCCCGUCUACCUCCGCGGGGCGGGCCAUUCCCUCACGCGCAUCGGCCUGACCAAAAUCCUCUACUUUCCCUGGGUGCUCAAAGUCCUCUGGGCGCCCCUGGUGGACCGUGUGGGCACCAAGCGGCUCUGGCUUGUGGCUACUGUCUCUGGCCUGGCGCUCACCUGUCUCUCCAGCGCCGCCCUGUCCCCAGAGGCCCACAUCUGGGGCGUGGCGGGGACACUACUGGCCAUGAACGCCCUGGCGUCGGUUCAGGACAUCGCGGUGGACGGGGCCGCUGUGGGACUGCUGAAGGGACGUAGCGAGCUGGGCCUGGGCAACACGGCCCAGGUGGUGGGCUACAAGGCCGGCUCAGUGUUUGCUGGGGGCGGGCUCCUGGCUGUGAUUGACGUGGCCGGGUGGGGCCCUAUGUUCAUGCUGUUGGCUUUUGUGUACUUCGGGGUGGCGCUGUUUGUGUGGGGGGCCCCCGUGCUGGAUGAUGAGCUGUUGAGGGGCCAGGCAGAGGGGAGGAGGGGGGUCCAGUCGGACGCUGUGCAUCCCUGGAGGGUGUGGCGGAAGCUGCUGUCAGUACCUGGGACACCCUGGACCAUGAUCUACGUACUCACAUACAAACUGGGUGAGCAGGGAGCGGUGACCAUGUUCCCUCUUUUCCUGUUGGACAAUCACAUGACAGCACGCGAGCUGGGGUUCUGGAACGGCGUGAUCGCCAUGGGCUUCUCCAUCUGUGGCUCCUCCCUCGGCGGCCUGCUGCUCUCUCAGUUCAGUAUUGGCUCUCUGAUGAGGCGGGUGUUUGUAAUGCGGACGGUCAGCAUGGUGUUCCAGAGCUCCCUCCUGACUGUGCUGGAACCCUCCCCACUCAUGAAAGUUAUGGCUGUGUUGAGUUUGAGCGUUCAGCACUUCCUGGGCGGCCUCAUCACCACGCUCACCUUCACGACCAUGAUGCACUGCACACAGAGAGCGGAGGAGAGUGUACAGGCCACCCACUACAGUUUCUUGUCCACUCUGGAGGUACUGGGGAAGCUGAUGUUCAGUGCCCUGGCGGGUGGUCUGGUGGACUGGGUGGGUUACCCCACCGCCUUCCUCCUCUUCCUGGUUCUCUCGGCCGGUACAGCCCUCCACGUCUGGAGGGCCACGGAUACCGGGGCCCUCAGGGAACAGCUCAAAGAACAGCCCAAGUGAUCAGCUCUUCCCCAACAGCUCAACCAUCCCUUAUGUACCUGCUUUAGCACCCCCCCCMYCCCCMCMUCCAAACCAGCAAUGAUCUUUGCCAACACAAUCCCUCUCACUCAGUGGUCCCCAACCCCCUUUCUUUGAGAGUAAUACAGUGUGCAUGCAGUUUUUAAUUGCCCAGUGCUAACAUGUCUGAUCAAGCUAUUCAAGGUGUCGAUGAUCAGUUGAGUCGUUUAACAAGGUGGGUGUGGGGUUGGAGAUUUUUCCAGGUUUUUCCAGAUUUUUUGGAGGACAUACCAUCUGAGCCAUUUUCAUAUAUGCCAAGCCAGCAAUAAAACUUAAGCCAGCAGUAAUACUUAGCCAGGGAUGAGCCAGCGAGGAAGGUUCUAUAUGUCUUAUCAGUUUGCCAUUGCACUAGUUCUGUGGCGACGUUUACGAAUCCCUACUACCUCUGUAAGACAUGCAGAAGAGCCUAGUGAGCUGUAUAGUACAACAUUUGCUAGCUCGAGUACGAUUUUGAUUAGAGAUAGCUAGCUUAAACCAUUACACAGCGUCAUCUAGUCUAGGUUAGUUAGCGCAAUUAGGAAACUAUAGCCUUACAUAAUGCAUGGUGGCAAGUUAUCAAGGAUUGGAUGAAUUUUUUUUUUUUAUGGAUUCAGGUAUUUUUUAUGGAUUCUGGAGGGGGAAAAAUACUUAUUUUUUAUGUUACAUAGACUACUGCUGCUAGUUUUUCAACUACCUGCUGUUAUUACUUGUUUCUGUUAUGUGUAAAGUUCUUAAAAAUAACACGCACCUUAUCGAAUCACUUUUUAGUGGGCUUCAAACAUACACCAGCUGAAGCAACUUAGAUUGUGGUGCCUGCUUUUUGUGCACUAACGGUUCAUUGGACUGGCGAGAGGCAUCUACUGGGAAAGCAACACAAAUACUCAGCCAAUGCCUCACACCGAUCGAAUACCAUCUGUCUUUUGAUGACCAUAUCUCUCAUUGUGAUGGCUGAAUGAUAAUAUAACCGGUAGUCACAGGGAUGACAGGUCAGGGAGGUGACACAGGACCUAGGCAGUUUCAGAUAGGGACAGCCAUGGGGACAUAGAACCAGAGCAGCCAUGUUAUGAAUUGGCAUGAAUAGCGGGGUCACUGUGACCAAUGCAGCCAAGCCCACUCUAAUGUAAAGCAUUUGUUGCAAAGCACACCCCCCGUCUCUGACACAUGCUGAGAGACUGGCACAAAAAUAAAGCUGCUACCCAAAUCUCUGUU